GUCUAUGUUUAGUGUCAUCGCUAAUAUAGUUGUUUAAGAACAAUUUGAUUUAAAUUAUUAUAAUACAUUUAUUAUAUUUAUAAGAACAUGAUCAGACACGCGUUGAGAACAGUUGCUCUGCAGAGCCGCAGUCUGAUCCGGCCAAGUAUUUCAGAGGUCCGCCAGCUUCACUCAUUUCCCGCAAAAUUCAGCAAAGCUUACGACCACGAUGGAAAAACAAAAGUUUCCAUUUUCAAUACGGAAACCGACCUGGGUCUAAUGAUAACAGGAUACAGCCAAUAUGGAUUCAGGCUUAACAACGACAUGGUCCUAAUUGGUCCAAUAAGCGUAUUUCCCAGGUCUGUCCUAUCGUGGAAUGUGAACAGUUUCGAGGACAUCAACGAGGAGAGUCUCAGCUUGUUUCCUACUCUAGAGCCAAAAAUAGACGUGCUGAUCAUUGGUAUUGGAGACCAAAGUCCUCCACCAUCUCUUUCCAAAAGGAUCGUGGAAUUUAUGAAGAAAUAUAAGAUAAACGUUGAAGUUCUUCGCACCGAGCAGGCUUGUGCAACAUUCAACUUUCUUAACGCGGAGAACCGUAUGGUGGCGUGCGCGUUGAUUCCUCCACUCCACGUCUCCUACAACGAGAACGACAUACUCCAAGCAAAGUUGAAAAAGAAAGAGCUUUAUGAAACGGACUAAGUGGAACUUAUGCUUGUCUUGCUGGCGCUGUGACCUGUUUAGGAGUUAAACAAAUUGUAAAUUCAGAUUUUUUUAUUCAGAGAUACGUAUUUUAAAAUGUAUAAAAGCUAGGCAAUCUCGCAGUUGAA